AUGUGCGGCGGUGGGCGGGCCGGGCCGGCCGGGCGGCCACAGAUAAGCCGUUCGCCGCCGGGAGCGGGCGUCUGAUGGGGAGGCGGCCUUCACUCGACACUCGCGCUCGGCUCUGCUGCCGCCGCUGCCGCUGCCGCUGCCCCGCUCCCGGCGCCCCGCGUCCAUGAGAUUCUUCCGCCUAACCUUCAAGUGUUUCGUCGACUGUUUCUGAAGCCGCCGAGACCGCGCCGCCAUCGCACCAUGCGCUCCGCGUCCCCUCCGCCCCCGGGCAGUCCCUCAGGAUCGAGGACAAGUUGCUUCCAGCCCAGUUCCGUCAGCUCUGAGGCGACUGUGCCCAUAGUGGAACCUGCGGACUCCUGUACAGGUGGGUACGGAUGUACCGCUGCCCCAGAACCGGAACCGGUCGAGUUGGUGGUGGACCCGGAGUCCGGCCCUGAGGACAAGUCGGUGCUCACCCCCCUCGUCACCAAUGGUUGCAUCAAAUACCCGGGGGUGGAGCGGGAGACCUGGACGCGCCAGAUGGACUUCAUCAUGUCCUGUGUCGGCUUUGCCGUGGGAUUGGGCAACAUUUGGAGGUUUCCCUACCUGUGUUACAAGAACGGAGGUGGAGUCUUCCUCAUCCCAUACCUGCUGAUUGUGUUGGUGGGAGGGAUACCAGUCUUUUUCCUGGAGAUCGCACUGGGACAGUUCAUGAAGCAAGGCGGAGUCGGUGCCUGGAACAUUGCACCUCUCUUCAAAGGUCUUGGCUUUGCCUCCAUGGUGAUUGUCUUCUUCUGCAACACUUACUACAUCAUGGUGCUUGCCUGGGGCCUCUACUAUCUCGUCCACUCCUUCACCAACAACCUGCCCUGGGCCACCUGCGGCAACUCCUGGAACACUCCGGAAUGUACCGAGGACUUCCGGCACAGUCAAUGCUACAACAGGACCGCCGGCAACUUCAGCGCCGGCUGCCACGAGCUGGCAAACAAACGGUCGCCGCCCAUCCCCCCCCCCCCUGAGUUCUGGGAGAGGAGGGUGCUGAGGAUCUCGGAUGGGAUCGACCAGCUGGGCACCAUCCACUGGCAGAUGCUGCUUUGUGUCCUUGCCACCUGGGUCAUCGUCUACUUCUGCAUCUGGAAGGGCGUGAAGUCAACGGGGAAGGUGGUCUACUUCACUGCAUUGUUCCCCUACUUGGUGCUGGUCAUCCUCCUUGCCCACGGUGUGUCGUCGCUGCCCGGAGCUCUGGACGGCAUCAUUUACUAUCUGAAACCAGACUGGUCCAAACUGGGUGAAGCGCAGGUUUGGAUUGAUGCAGGAACCCAGAUCUUUUUCUCAUAUGCGAUUGGAUUAGGAGCACUUACAGCACUAGGCAGCUACAAUCGUUUUCACAACAACUGCUACAGAGAUGCCUACCUCUUGGCUCUGAUUAACAGCACCACCAGCUUCUUCUCGGGGUUCGUUGUGUUCUCCGUCCUGGGCUUCAUGGCGUCCGAGCAAGGAGUGGACAUCUCAAAGGUGGCAGAGUCCGGGCCGGGCUUGGCCUUCAUCGCGUACCCCAAGGCCGUCACCCUGAUGCCUAUCGCCCCCCUCUGGGCCGCACUCUUCUUCUUCAUGCUGCUCGUGCUCGGACUGGAUAGUCAGUUUGGGGGCGUGGAGGGGUUGAUCACGGGGAGCGUGGACCUGAUCCCGAACUCGAUGGUGGGAGGUGUGCGGAGGGAGGUGGUGGUGGCCAUCUGCUGUCUGGUCUGCUUCAUCAUCGAUCUGUCCAUGGUGACCAACGGAGGCAUGUACAUCUUCCAGCUGUUUGACUACUACUCUGCCAGCGGCAUCACGCUGCUGUGGCAGGCCUUCUGGGAGUGUGUCGUCGUCGCCUGGGUUUACGGAGCUGACCGGUUCGUCAGUGACAUCGCCUGGAUGAUUGGCUACCGCCCGCUGCCCUGGAUCAAGUGGUGCUGGCUGUUCAUCACUCCCAGUGUCUGUGUGGGCAUCUUCCUGUUCCACAUAGUGAACUACAAGCCGCUGAACUACAACAAGACCUAUGUGUACCCGUGGUGGGCUGAGGCACUCGGCUGGGCCCUGGCCCUGUCCUCCAUGGUCUGUAUCCCCGCCACCGUCGUCGUCAAGAUGCUGUGCUGCCACGGCUCCCUACGAGAGCGCUGGCAGCAUCUGACAACGCCGGUGUGGGGCGCCCACCAUCUACAGUACCUGACCAUGGAGACCUCCCUCAAGUACCUGGCUGCCGACGGCGCGGCCCAGGGCAAGCAGAAGGAGACGACCAUCUGACCGAGGGAGGUGGGAGCCCGGACACCCACUCCCCUCCCCUCCCUACCCGCCCCUCCCCACUUCAGCCGCCGCCACCAUCGCACUGCCCUGCGCCGCUCACGGUGUUCUGUACAGACUGGUUGUAGUCAUGUUUGCUUUGUGAAUCAGCGCUGACCAGGUGCCCCCGGCAGUGGUUGCUCUGCCCAGUGCCGGCCCAUUGCUACCGUCCCCCCGUCCCCGCUGGAGCCGCUGCCACCACCAGCCCCUCCUGCCAGCGUUAGCGCCACUGACUCGAUGCCCGCGGGUUGUCACCAGGGCCAGACGGGCCCAUGAGGAGCGGCCGCAGGGGCAGCAGGUUUAGGGGGAGUGGGCGGGAACGGGGCAAUGUGUUGGUGGGGGGAUGGGACAGACCCGGGGGGGGGGGGGGGGCGAGGACUCGGUGCGACCAUCACCACUGACCGGUCGCUUAUCCCGACCAUCUCUGGGUGCCCAGAUUGUCGCCCCCUCGGCCGCUGCUCGUCCCUGCAGUUCCUCUGGGUCUGACCCGGGCCAGCCCGGACCCUGGCCGUCUGACCGACUCCCAUCCACUCAACCCAGGAGGUUUUAUAUCCGCAUCGCCAGCUGGGGCCAUCCCCACUUCCCCACCCCGUGGGCCGGGGGUCAGAGGUUAUAGGGAGAAGGCAGGGGAAUGGGGUUAGGAGGGAGAUAUAGAUCAGCCAUGAUUGAAUAGUGGAGUAGACGUGAUGGGCCGAAUGGCCUAAUUCUGCUCCUAUCAUUUAUUACCUUGUGACCCCCCCUCCCCCGCCACAGCUCUGAGGCCACAAUCAGCAAAGCGAACACGACCCAAUUUUGGAAACACUCGGCGGGUCGGGCAGCGUCUGUGGGGAAAGAAGCGGCGUCUGGUCCCCGAGGCCCCGGUCAGGGGGGGGGGGGGGGGGGGGGGGGGGGGCGUUAUGUGCAGGGAGGGUGGGGGGUGUCUGAUGGGUCAACUGUCGAGGGUAUUACAGGGUUACAGAUCACUGUGUGAUGGGGGGGGGGGGGGGGGUGGAUGAAGGGUGCAGGAGCCGUGAGGGACGGACUUAGUGCUAGAUUUUUAUGACCAUAUUGUCGUGGGGAAUAAGUAUUCGCGGGACUGGGAGAUCGUCGCUCGCUUGCAAUGUGCCACCGGGUCUUCCCAGUCCCGCCGAGGGCGGACAGCACCUCCUGUCCUGCGUUAGUCUGGCCGCCGACCUCCUCUAGUCGGGUCGCGACCCCUCACCCCCCAGCACAGGGGUCGGUGUAGAGCCGGCCGCCGUUGGCCUCCGGGGGGGGGGGGGG